AUGGAACUGGAGCAGAUCGAGGUGGCCAAGGAGGGGUACCAGCAGCGCCUGAAGCCAUGCAGCAAUCAAUAUCCGAAAAGCAAGGUGCUGCAAAGUGCUGAAGAAAUUCUGGAGCGUCUGUCGAAGAUAUAUGCAGCUUCAAGUGAUCUGAAUGAAGACUCUAUGCUGCUGGCGGAAAAAAAUGAAGAACUUGCCAACCAGUCAGCUGUGAAGUCCCGGAAGCUAAAAGAAGUUGAAGAAGGGCUCCAGCUGAUGGUCGACAAGAAAAGCCAGCUUAAGGAGAAGACCCAAGAGGUCGAUGACUUGUGGAACAAACAUGACACGAUCGAGUUUGAGCACCGCCAGGAGAAGGAGCUGCUGAAGAAAGAGAUAGAGUCCCUGGCAAAGGACAACAAAGCUCUCAAAGAGAAAAAUCAGUCUUUGCAAGAGAAAAACAAGUCGAUUGUGAAGAAUCAUAAAGAUGAAGUAGAGAGGCUGACCAAGAUCAUGGAGCAUGCAGAUGUGCAGCUGGUGCAGUGCAUGCAGCAGAUCAAAGACUUGGUAGCUGAAAAAGAUAUCUGCAACAAGGAACUUGCCGACUUGAAGACUGCUGCACAGGCAGUGGUCGACAUGGUGGAUCCUCCUGAGGGGAGUGUUGAAGAGGGUAGGAUUUUGUUGGAGCGACUGUAGGCAGCUCCACAAAGGAUCACCAAUUAUCUCUCGGAGACCACCAGGCAGUAUGUAUCGCAUGUUUUAGGUUUAGUCAAAUCUUAUAGGCCAAAGGCGAACUUGACCCCACUUGGAGAAGGUAUGGCCCUCGAGUGUGACGGAGAGAAGUUUGCUACUCUUGUUGAGGAGGUGAAGCAUGUGGCCAACAAGAUUGUUGAUGCCUUAGAGCAA